AUGUCACAAUCUACCGUCUAUGAUCCCGAUAUGUACGAGGACAUAGCUGCUUCACUUACGGUUGGAACCGACGGCUCGAAGAGCGACGCAGAAGCCGAUCGAGCGAUAACGCUGGAGCCUGAGGUGUCUAAACCGAGCCAUGCAGAGGCCGUGAAGCAUGACUUCGGUCUCGGCGCAGAAAACCCAGUCGUCGAAGAGCGACGCAGAGAAGAAACGACGGCUGAUGGCAGCGCCCAAAGUCCGGCAGCUGGUAUGGCAGAAAAGUUAGCUGCUGGACAUGGAAGUCGACGCUCACCUCAAGAGACGACUGCAUCAUCUCUGCAUAGACUGUCUGAGACGGACGCCUUUGAGGGUCUUAGCCGCAAGCUCGCCGACCAAGAAGCAAGAAUGGGAAGGUUUGAAGAAGAAAACAGCCACAUUAAGUAUCUUCUAUGGAAUAUGGGUGACUGGCUCGUCGACUUAGGGGACCAUUUGAAAGAAACAGGAAAGACACUGAAGAGAGAAGCUGGGCGUAGGGAGGGGGACGAGGACAAGGAGGCAGCGACAGGCAAAAAGAGAAAGAAGACACAUUCUGCUUGA